AUGAACACUGUCAAAUCCUUCUGGUUGGGCUGGGGCUCUCUCUGCGUCGCCGGCGGCGGUGCCUACUACUUCGCUAAGCAGCAAAUCAAUGCCGACCGUCAAGCCAAGAUGGACGCCCAUCGCAAGAAGAGACAGAUGAUCCAUGACCUCGAGGUUGAACAUGACGGCGGUCCUCCUCGCGAUGAUCACGCUUUCUCACCAAGCACCGAAAUCGCCAAAGAUCCUGCUCCUACGAGACAUGCGCCAGCAACCGAGAAUCAACGAAUCAAUGAGAAGAGCAAGUACGAGAGCAGUUCCGUAUACCGGAGUCCCAAGGGCGAUAGGUUCUCCUAG